AUGGUCCGAUUUGACACAAACAUACGCUAUAUCGAUGCUCCAGUGUCUCUGGACGAUGAUGAAGACUGUGAUGCAGAGCUGACUGGCCACGAGCUCAUGGAACGUGCACUGGCAUCUGGCACACUCCGGUUCAAGGAGUCAGUCGACGACCUGGACGUCGACGAUAUUGAGGAUGACGAAUUCAGCAGUACGCUCGAGUCGAUCAAACAGCUGCCUGAAGAGCAUACCAGUGACGUCGUCGACCUGGACAAGAGGCUGUUCCUCGCCUACAUGAAUGGCAUAAAUGGGAUCCCUGAUCUUGAAUACAAAGCCCGCCUGCGCAAACAAGCGAAUGACUUCUACAUCGGUCGCCUGGAUUCGCCGUACUUGGACUUAGAUAGUGCCAGCGGGACCUAUUUUGACAAUGUGCUGAAUCACGUCAUUGGGCUUUUCCGCAACAUAGUUGCCAAAGAGGACUUUGGAGAACUUGCCAGCCUCGUCAAUGGAGAAGGCGCCUCAGAGCGUUCCUCGGGAGCCGGUAGAAGUCAUAAUAAGGACUUGCUGGCCAAGAUCGAGAAUCUACUCUCCGAAAGACUAGCGUGUGACACCGAUGUAGGGCCAGACGAGCUUAGCUUCUUCACCAGUGGUGUUGCGUAUGCACUGGAAAACUGGAAUGGCUUUUUGGUCCACUAG